AUGCCAAUUCCAUCAUUUACGCGUCCUAGCAAAACCAUGAAAUCAGUAACUUUAAAUAAAUCUAGAUCAAACGAGGUAGAUAUAUUCGGAGACGACAAUGAAGAGCUUUCAGAUGCUAUGGAUAGUUAUUCAGAGUUUGGCUCGGAUGUUUUAGAUGGUUCAGACGAUGAUUAUAAAAGUAAACCAAUGAAAAGCAAAAAAAAAAAAACCCCCCCUGCUGAAAGUAAUGCUAGUAAUAGUAGUAAUGGACAAACAACAAAACCUGCACGACAAAAAAAAACUGAUCAGAAAGGAAAAACUCAAAUAAAGGAUCACAAUAUUGAUAAAAUCAAUGAAAAUGAAGAGAUUGCACCCAAAAAUCCUGAAUUGGCACCUUUGUUGGAGUCGAGAAAGAUUGUUGAUCAAGAUUUUGCAGAAUUUCUUCCAAAGAGACGAAACAGUAAAAAAUCAAAAGAAAAAGAAAUCAAUUUGGAUGUGUUGAACGAUUAUGAAGCUGCCAAUCUAUAUAAAGUUAUGUUCCAAGCUGCUGACGAUGAUGUCAAAGGAAUUGAAAGUAAACAGCCAUGUAUUAGAAAAACAGACCUUUUGGAAGAUGUGAUGGCACAAUUAUCCAAACCAUACCUUACAGAAGCACUACUUGAACACAAUAUCCUGCUUGCAAUUAAGUAUUGGCUGGAACCUUUACCUGAUAGGUCAUUACCAAGCAUCACAUUAAUAAUUGAAAUGCUGAGUCUUCUUGAUAAAUACCCUAUUACAACUGAACAUUUAUUUGCAAGUAAAAUCGGAAGAAUUGUUUAUUUUUACACGUUGACAAAACGUUGUCCGGAAACUAUAAGACAAUUAGCUACUCAACUUGUAGAAAAGUGGAGUAGACCAAUACUUGGAUUAAGUGACGAUUAUCGAGAAGUAGCUGUUGCACAUAAUCAAUACUAUCAAGAAAGUAUUGAAGAUAUGGAGUUAGCAGGAUCUUCAAAUCAAGACAAUUUUAACCAGUCAAGAAAUAUUUCAGUUCGUAAUAAAGAAGAUCCCUACCAAUCAUUAACAAAAACCAUGAGGAGGUUGGAAAGAAAUAACAAAAGAAAGUGA